AACAAAAAACGUGGUGCAAAUGGAAAAAACGCGCUGCAAGAAACAAAAACAAAUGCAUCAUCAUUAAAUGCGCUGCAAAUGGAGAAACGAUGCAAAGCACAAAACGACGCAUACCAAGAAAACACCUGCAAAAGAAAAACGCUGCAUAAAAAGUCACCACAACGGAAGUGCUCCAAACCUGCAGGGGGCGCUCUCAGUGUAACAGCUCAAUGGAGAGACACACCGGCUGGAGAGAGACAGGUACUCCUUAUGAGAGAGACGGAAAACGACUAUAAAUUACAGCGGGAACAAAUUAUUGUUACGGUAAUGUGGCUUUUAUUUUAUUAUAUUCAUGUAUUGUGUUUAUAAAUAAUAUAAAUAUCGCUGUACAACGCGGUACUUCACGUGCCGGUUAUUUUAUUGUAUUUCACACCAGACUUUACAAGGCGAUACAUUAGCAUGUCGAUUAGCUUGUUUGCUAAUAGCGAUCAAAUAAGAAUAAGAUAAGAUAAAAAGAUUAGAGAUUGAUACAAAACACCUGUUUUAAUAGUACAGUCUUCUAUACUUAAACCCUUUCCUUUUCUUUCCCCUUGCAGAUGUACUGUCCAUUUUGUGGAUCUGCGCUUACAGCUUCACCUGCCUUUUGCCGUGCGUGUGGCAAAAACGUCACUUUUUUAAAACGCGUCCAGGAGGAGACGCCUGCAACUCACGCACAUAUUGAUGUUGCACAACCUUCCACCAGUCAAGAUUUAUGUUGGAGUUAUGAGGUUGACAGGUGACUCCUUAAAACCUGUAAGAGGGAAAUCACUGCCUCUGGACAUUCAGCCUCACUGGUCAUCAGAGCAGCUAUUGGCUGCUGCUGUUAAAAAACACAUGGAUUUUAACCAGGACAUGCAAGAUGUUGUCCAUGUUUUGUUGUACCCUGAUGGCAGACAAGUGAGAAACAUCCCAGGAACAAAUGACCCUUUCACUGUUCAGAAGUACAAGGAGGCAAUUGGGAAGGCCUACCAGAGGAUAACACUCUACAUUUGCACUGCAGAGGAUUUUGAAACCAGUUGCUAUACUGGACAGUCUUCUAGUGAAGAUGACAGUGUUGUCCAUGUGAACCUGCCAUCUGUGGAAAGUGAACUCUCUGACACUGUGGUCUGGGACACUCCAGAUAAUGUGAGCACCCCAAAAACAGACAACAUUUUGCAGGGACCCUCCAGAUGCCAACAACCAGAAUCUCAUCAAGAUGGACAGCAAUCAACUCCCCAGGAUCAGUUAAGAUCUUCACAGAAUCUGAAUACCUGGUAUAGCAACUACACCACCAUGUAUGCACCUAUAGUAGUUGACAGUGAGUCUGAGACAGAUGACCACAUAGACUACCCUGCAGAACAUCCGCAGGUUUUGAACCUGACUGCUGAAGACAUUGUUUCAGACCUGGCCUCCAAGAUUACCAACACUUCAUACAGCAGGUUCAACAUAAACAGGGCAAAUAUAUGGGAUGGAGCAAUCAGAGGCUUCAAGCGACCAUCUUAUGACCCAUCACAUGAAAUUUUGGUUAAAUUCACUGAUGAUGAGGGGCGAGCAGAGGAUGCAGUGGACACUGGUGGUCCCAAACGAGAGUUCCUCACCCUGCUGAUGGACUGCCUUAGAUCAAGGAGAAUAUUUGAUGGUCCAGACGAUAGGAAAUUUCUCACGUUUGACUGUGCAGCUGCCAGAGAUGAUGAGUAUUUUCAUGUUGGGAGGAUGAUCGCUACAUCCAUAGUCCAUGGUGGUCCAGGCCCUCGAUUCUUGUCAGAAAUGCUAUACGACCACCUCACGGGAAAAUCAACAGCUGAUUUUGAGGCAAGGAUUGAGGACAUCACCGAUGACACCAUGAGAGCUUCCUUGCUUGAGAUAUCCAGUGCAGCAACACUGGUUGAACUGCAUGCAGUGAUCGACAAACAUUCAAGUCUGUUGCAGAUGGCUGGUUGUCUUCAGUAUCCAAAAGUUGUAUUGGACAAGAAGAUAAUAAUGAAAGACUUCAUGCAGUGGUUCAAGGAUGGGCUUUCAACACUUAACAUGAUUCAUGCUUUGGAGCAGCAUGCAUCUAUAUUCAAGACAUUUAUGUGCUCAAGUGUGGAGCAGCUGACAUCCACAAUACUGGAAAAUCUUUUUGAGGUUCAACUCAGUGAACAAGGCACCACAAGACGCCAAGAAGAAACCAAAGUAUUAGCAUUCUGGAGAGACUAUCUCCUUGAUACAGAAGAUAAACAAACAGGACUCUCCCUCCCUGACAUCCUGAUGUUCGCCACAGGACUCUGUUCUCUGCCCCCAUCUGGGAUUAAGCCAAGACCAAAGUUGGUGUUUCAAAGGGUGUCUCGCUUCCCAUGCAGCAGAACCUGUGCAAACACCAUGGAAAUUCCAUUGUCAACAACUUAUGAAGAGUUUCAAAAGGACAUGGACUUUGGAAUACAAAACUCUCCUGGUUUUGGACUGUACUAAUUUUUUUAUUGUAUAACUGAUAGGUUGACCUUUAGUGUCUGAAGUUCAACAGUUAUUACCUG